AUGGCCUCUCUCUCGCGCACACUGCGUCCUUUGACGCGCAACGUUGCCUCUGGGCUCGCGACCUCGACGAGAACAGUUUCCGCCCGGUCUCUCCAACACAUCCCUCGCGCAUUCUCCACAACCCCCCGCCGACGAGAUGUAGACAUCACCGAUCUCACACCAACACCCAUCUCGCACCUCACAGAAACCGAAUCCCUCAUGGCCGAAACCGUCUCCAAAUUCGCCCAAGAACAAAUCGGACCUAAAGUACGAGACAUGGACGAAGCGGAAACCAUGGACCCCACUGUCGUCGAACAGCUCUUUGAACAGGGCCUGAUGGGCAUUGAGAUUCCCGAGGAAUACGGCGGAUCAGGAAUGAAUUUCACCUCCGCAAUCAUCGCUAUUGAAGAACUCGCCCGCGUCGACCCUAGUGUCAGUGUUAUGGUUGAUGUGCACAACACCUUGGUAAACACCGCAGUGAUGAAAUACGGCAGUGCGGAGACACAGCGCACAUGGCUACCGCAAUUAGCAUCAGGCACAGUGGGCUCCUUCUGUCUUUCGGAGCCAGCUUCUGGAUCGGAUGCGUUUGCGCUACAGACUAAAGCCGAGAAGACAGCUGAUGGAUACAAAAUCAAUGGCUCGAAGAUGUGGAUCACAAACUCCAUGGAAGCCGGGUUUUUCAUCGUGUUCGCUAACAUUGAUCCUACCAAGGGCUACAAGGGUAUUACUGCUUUCAUUGUUGAGAAGGGUACGCCUGGAUUCAGCAUUGCCAAGAAGGAAAAGAAGCUCGGAAUCCGCGCAAGCAGUACCUGCGUGCUCAAUUUUGAUGAUGUCGAGAUUCCUAAGGCCAAUCUUCUCGGCGAGGAGGGCCAAGGAUAUAAGAUUGCUAUUGGCAUUCUGAACGAAGGCCGCAUUGGUAUUGCUGCUCAAAUGACUGGUUUGGCUCUCGGUGCAUGGGAGAAUGCUGCCGGAUAUGUUUGGAACGACCGCAAACAAUUCGGCCAACUGAUUGGCAACUUCCAAGGCAUGCAGCACCAAAUCGCACAGGCAUACACUGAAAUCGCCGCUGCACGUGCUCUAGUCUACAACGCCGCGCGCAAGAAGGAAGCCGGACAGGACUUUGUCAUGGAUGCCGCCAUGGCCAAGCUCUAUGCAUCUCAGGUUGCUGGAAAGGUUGCAGGCUCUGCUGUUGAGUGGAUGGGCGGUAUGGGCUUUGUGCGCGAGGGUAUUGCCGAGAAGAUGUUCCGUGACAGCAAGAUUGGUGCUAUCUACGAGGGCACUAGCAAUAUCCAAUUGACGACGAUUGCUAAGCAAUUGCAGGCUCAAUACACAAAGUAA